AUGAGGUUUACCAAGUCUACAGGAGCUCACGGGACCGUCGAGGAAGUCGUCGACAGUCGAUCCGAUGCCUUACCUAAGGCUCAAGUGCUCGAUGAUAUCGACAAGCUACAACGAGUACAUCAAAGCGAUCCAAAUCUUCCUGACGAGGAGAUAAAAGCCCUAGACGAGGCCAUUAAGACAGGAAAUGUUGAGAAAGCGCUUGAAGUCGAUGAGAGCUUCGCCAAAGAAUCACCAUAUGAAGCAGUUCGCGCUGCUGUUCGAGAAACAGAUGGCGGGGAAACAGCAAACACCGUACGCGUGUGGCUACUCGGAUUCAUCUUCGUCACACUCUCGAGCGGUAUUAACAUGUUCCUGAGUAUGCGCAGCCCGGCAAUCACCAUUCCGACCGUGGUCAUACUGCUGGUCGUAUAUCCUUGUGGCCAGUUUCUUGCCACAGUACUGCCGACGAGAAAGUUCAAGACAUUUGGUCUAGAAUGGUCACUGAACACUGGUCCAUUCACCAUAAAGGAGCAUACCGUUGUGGUUCUCAUGGCCAACGUUACUUACGGCUAUGCUUACAGCACAGAUGCUCUUCUUGCUCUGAAAGCAAAGUCACUGUACAACCUUGACAUGGGGUGGGGCUUCCAGCUACUUUUCACACUCAGCUCUCAAGUCAUUGGUAUCGCUUUUGCUGGAGUAUUUCGACGAUUCUUGGUUUGGCCCGCAGCUCUGAUCUGGCCCGCAAACUUCUCAAUGACCACACUACUGUAUGCACUUCACGACAAGAGUAAAGCCGACCCAAGCAAGGCAAAUGGCUGGCAGAUAUCUCAAUACCGCUUCUUCGUCUAUGUCGCUCUAGGCUCGUUCGUCUACUAUUGGAUCCCUGGUGUGAUUUGGCAAGGCUUGUCGGUCUUCUCAUUCGUUACUUGGAUUCGACCAAACAAUGCGACCAUCAAUCAACUGUUUGGUGGUUUCACGGGGCUCUCCUUGAUCCCGUUGACAUUUGACUGGACAUAUGUCACUGCCUAUCUUGGUGACCCCCUGCUUAGUCCGACCUUCUCACAUCUCAAUACCAUCAUCGGCCUGGGUAUGUUCAUGAUCAUCACAACACUGGGUAUCUCCUAUACCGGCGCUCUCUACUCCGAGUAUCUACCCAUCAAUACCUCUGCGACAUUCGACAAUACCCAAUCUAAAUAUAAUGUCACCAGGAUCCUUGGUCCGGGCUAUACUUUCGAUGUCGACAAGUACCAAAAAUACUCACCGAUGUUCCUCGCACCCACAUUUGCCCUGAACUAUGGUCUGAGCUUUGCUGCACUCAUAGCCGCAAUCGUACAUACCAUCGUCUACCACCGUGGAGAGCUUUGGACACGACUACGUCUCGCCAGAAAGCAGGACCCUGAUGAUGUCCACAUGCGCCAGAUGGCCAAGUACCGCGAGGCGCCAGAUUGGUGGUACGCCGUACUGUUCGCCAUAGCUACUGCGUUUGGUCUUGCUACUGUUUUGGGCUAUUCUUCGCAGUGCCCCUGGUGGGCGUACUUUGUCGCCAUAAUAAUCGCAUUGGUUUUCAUCAUUCCUUGCUGUAUGAUCUUGGGCAUCACUAACAUUCAGCUGUCGCUCAAUGUCAUCUCACCUUAUCUUGCCGGCUUUAUGAUUCCAGGUCGUCCUAUUGGAGUCAUGAUAUUCAAGGUCUACAGUACAAUCGUUCUAGGACAAGCGCAAACAUAUAGUGCUGACCUCAAAUUGGCACAUUACAUGAAGAUAGCUCCCCGUAUCACUUUCUGGUCACAAGUGGUCAUGUCCUGCUGGGCUUCUAUCGUCCAAGUAGCAGUGAUGAACUGGACACUAAGCAACAUCGACAAUGCCUGUGCCGCCGACCAAGCCUCCCACUUCACCUGCCCCAACGGCCGCACCUUUUUCUCCUCCAGCAUAACAUGGGGUGUCAUCGGUCCUCAACGCAUGUUCGGCCCCGGCUCCAUCUACGCAGCCUUCAACUGGUUCUGGCUCGUCGGCGCCCUCCUCCCCAUCACCUUCUUCUUUCUCAAAAAAGCACUUCCCUACAAAUCCCUCCGCUUCCUGCACGCCCCAGUCAUGCUAGGAGCUAUGUCUUGGCUCCCUCCCGCUACACCUCUUUCUUUCACCUCUUGGGCUUUUGUAGGUUUAGUCUUCAACUGGUGGAUCCGAAGACGCUGGAAUGGGUGGUGGAGGACCUACAACUAUAUCACAGCUGCGGCAUUGGAUUCUGGAUUGAUCAUUGCGACGUUGGUCAUCUUCUUUGCGAUUACUUUGCCAGAGGUCAAUGUGCCUGAGUGGUGGGGUAAUGUGGGGGUUUUUGAGACGAUGGAUUCGUUGGGUACGGCGAUUAGGAAGACUGUUGGUGAGGGUGAGACGUUUGGGCCGAAGCGUUGGUAG